UUGACCCAGUGUGUUGUGAUUGUACAUGUCCCUAUUAAACAGAUUACAUCUUAACUAGAAUAUCUGCUCAUGUUCUCAAAAACAGUAAACACAGCCAUGCUGACAUUGUUUCCUGAAUUCAACCAGCAUUUAACUGCCUCGCAAAGGCGUUGGGGAAAAAAAUAUACAACUUCCUGGCUGAAAAAUAUAUCGUUCCAUCUUGCAUGCCUGAUGUACAGAUUUAUGGGCACUUUGGACACAGGCUUUACAGCUCCCUACAAAAAUGUUUUGCCCUCAAGCUGAAAAUGUUCGUUGCCUUCUGGUAUUUUUAAAACCCUCCAAAUGAUAUUAAGCACCCUCAAGAGGCAAAUUAGUGAAUAAAAGCACCCCAAAUGUGUUUGUGAGAAUGAUAGUUCUGUCUGCGUUUCGGCACAUGUGUUCAUUGAUGGCUCUGCUAAGUUGGAGAGCGACAGGACCAAUGGACAUGCACUACUGGGCGUGACACGAUGCUGAAUUGGGAUGCGGUCACGAGGUAGGAGUUUCUUCAACAUUUGUUUAAAUUUUAAAUCAAAGCUUGAAUGAAACCUCCGUAAUUGCAGUCAAAAUGUAUGGCAGAGCAGAGUUGAGGACAAAGGGCCUGAAGAGAAACAACAGAAGGGCAAUGUGUAUAUUAAAAGGUGUUGAAGUGAGUAUUUUUUGUACAUAUGUUUCUGAUUGCACAACCUGCCAAUACCAUAAAGGUAAUUUUUCAAUACCAAACGUUUAAAAGUUUUGGUCAUAAUUGCCACAUUUGGGUACAAUGUUGAUUUGUUUUUGUGAUAUGACACUUGAAGGUCAAUGGUUUAGUGAAUGAAUCCUGAUUGCAUGCAGUAUGGUGUGCUGGUACCAUUGCACUGAAAACGUGGAUUGAAGAUGUACAGGCUAAUUGGCACGAUCAAGGUCUGAACUUAAAUUGACAACCUCGCGCUGAUCAGAACACUUUGCAAUUUUGUAUUCCAUCACCUAUGACAUGGUGGUAUCAUUCGAUAUCUAGAUGCCAAUAUUCUGUCCAAUUUUAAAGAUAACAUUGAUGGCAAUGAAAUGUAAAACAAAAAUAUUUUGAGCAUUACAGUGUUAUGUCUGCAUGUCAAAGGUGCAUAGAUCUACCGCAGUGUUCUUAACCUGCACGGCAGCCUUGCACUCGUGUGGUUCUCAACCGUUAGAACAAGUAGAGUGCUAAUAAAUACGUUGGUUUUAAUGAAACAAAGUAGUUUGUGCUCACGUGCCCGUGCUUAAUUUGUGUUUCGAUUUACCUAACAAAAAUUUGGCCAUGUCUCGCACCUCCAGAAAGGGCAUUUUGCACCCACAGAGGGUGCGUGAACCCCAGGUGAAGAACACUGAUCUACCCCAUCCCGGUGAUUCGAUGUGUCGUGGACGAGAGUUGAUGUUAAUUCUGGGUGCAUUUCAGUCCGAGUGGAGAUUGAGUUGGUCAUGGUUCACCUUCGAAAUUUGGUUUGGAGUCUCAAGUACGGUCCUGCUGUCAAUAUUUCUAUAAAAUCUACAUGACAUUACACUUUCGUUUACACAUCACCUGUUUAUGUACUCGGAUCAGAGCCCUAGGUUAAGCCUGGAUCGUGUUGGAGGUGUCACUGCUUAGGAAUAAUUGUAGUCGGUUUGGGUUGCAAAUAUACCGUGUGUAGAACUUGCUAUGUUUACCCCCUUGUGUGUGGAGUUUGAUUUGGGUGCUUCCGGUUUCCUCACAAAUGCUUAACGUGACUGGUGCAUUAUUAACCAAACAUCCUAAUUCAGGAUUUAUUAAAGAAUCAUUGAGACUCGUGAGGUUUUCUUCGGUAAACAAAGAACCUUUUCAUUAGACUAAGACUGGUUAAAAAGUAUACUCAACUUGCAGGCUGAAAAUAUAUGGUUUCCAUCUUAUAUGCCUGAUGUACAGAUUGAUGGACACUUUGGACGUAGCGCCCUUCCUUGGUGCGCAACAUGGCCAGAUUGUUUUAGAAAUUGAAUAAUCGAAACUUAAGCACGGGCACGUAAGUACAACUACUUUGUUUAAUAAAACCCUAUGUAUUUAUAAAAAAAUAUUAUGAUUGAGAACCAAAGGGGUGCAGGCUGCAUUAAAGGUUAAGAACCACUGGAAUAAGAGGUCUUACAUUUUAAAGGAAACCCUUGGAAAAUCAGCGGUUCGCAUAUUUUUACAUAAUAUAACUACAACGCUGGGAGAGAAGCGUCCCGUGUCCCUUUUCAUGUACACAUUGCAGCAGGUUGACAGUUAAUUUGUGUUGCGAUGUGGGAAUGCAGCGUGAAAUGUAUAAACCGGAUUGGUGGCAAGUGUGCUUGCCGCAUGCUGGGCUGUAUUGAUACCAAUGAAUGUUGGAUGACACUCAUUUCUACGUCUUCCAUCUUGAGUUGACGGACCUUAAGGUUUUUACAGUUGCUAUGCGGUAUUGUCAUUUACCUGGGGGUUGUAACGGGAAUGUUCUUGGAAGAUGGUCAGGGCAAAACAAAUUGCAGUGAAAUAAGAUCCGCGCUACAUCAGAGAACUUGAAUUGACAAACCUGAGACAUUACGAUACUUGUAACAUACAUUCCCGUGAGACUAAUGUAGUUUAACAGCUGUAAUUGCAGAAAAUGCAUUUAAGAGUCCCACAAUUGUUUAGUACAAGCUCGAGUUUCAAUUGGAAAUGGUAAAUUGUGAAAUUCACUAUUUAUCACACCCAGCUAGUCUUUAGUGUUUUUGAUACCAUUUUUAUAUUAGCACUCGUCUUUCUGAGUGAUUCUUUAUUUGGCUUUAUAAUAUUUUUUAGAGAGCGGUCUUGUUCUUUUGAGGCAUAAUAUCAGAAUCCCCGAUUCACUCUGGUCCCUUGGGUGAAGUGGGGACUGUCCGGCUAAAAUAUGUUGCGACCUUUUGUGUCGGAGAAGCGUUUCAAGGUUGUUAUAUAUUUUUCAAGCAUUCAUUACUUUCAAGCUGCACAUGGCCUUUGGGCAGUACGCAAUAAUUGCAUUCCAUCCUUCGUCCUCCACUCUUUAUCUGCAAGCUUGCUGUGAGCCCAGGAUAUCUUUGUCAUUUUUUCCGAGCAUUCCAAGCAUCGGAAUAAAUGGUGUACAUCAAAUCAGUUAUUCCGUCCAUCCUUCCCCGUCCAAUGGAAAUAACUAGUGGCGCCCCCCAAAUAAAAUAAUACAAACCUAACAGCCUUAACCUCCCAGGGGGCAUUUAUCGUGACUUCCUGCUUCCACUCCCCACCCACCAACCCAAUCCCUCACACCCCCACUCUACCAAAUCCAGGCAGCUGGUUGCCAUAGCAAUUGCAUCUCGUUGCAGGGGAGGCUACUGCAGACCAUUCCAUCUCAACGAUGGUGAUGGGGGGGGGGUUGUGUGGAGUGGAUGGGGAGGAGGAGGAGCAGUGGACCCUACCAUCGUGUGGACGAGGAGGAGAAGGCGGCUCCAUCCACCCAGCCGGCUUGAGAGCACCGCUCGCUUGACGAAAUAUUCCCCAACCAAAGAUUCACCGUGGAUCCACAAAGGUUCACGCUUUCUUCUCGCUUCCUCUCGUCAACAAUCGGCAAAGACGCGGCUGCAGCUCCAGUAGAUUUCGGGAGGAUCUCUGCCCGUAUUUCGCGUGACCCAAUUCUGGAGAAACUGGAGUGCCUGGAGACAACGCGUGCACAUGAGGGGAUAGCACUCACAAAUUCACGCAGGAUUUCAUGAGUCUCUGCCUCCUAAACUACCGCAACGGAAGAGAUCUGGACGUGAAAAUUGCCUUCUGCCAGGCGUUCCGCAGUGGGCUGGAUGUGGCGUUCCUUGGCCGUCACUUCUUCACCAUGAGCGGGCGGCCCGUGCAGGAACCGCAGAACUUCUACAGCGUGGAGGUGGGCGACUCCACCUUCGCCGUGUGCAAGCGCUACCAGAACCUGCGCCCCGUCGGCUCGGGGGCCCAGGGCAUCGUGUGCGCUGCCUAUGACACCAUCAUCGACCGCAAUGUGGCCAUCAAGAAGCUGAGCCGGCCCUUUCAGAACCAGACGCACGCCAAGCGCGCCUUCCGAGAGCUGGUGCUCAUGAAAUGCGUGAACCACAAAAAUAUCAUUAAGCUGCUGAACGUGUUCUCACCUCAAAAAUCCCAGGAGGACUUUCAAGAUGUGUACCUCGUGAUGGACUUGAUGGACGCGAACCUGUGCCAGGUGAUCCGCAUGGAGCUGGAUCACGAGCGGAUCUCGUACCUGCUCUACCAGAUGCUGUGCGGUAUCAAGCACCUGCACUCUGCCGGGAUCAUACACAGGGACCUCAAGCCCAGCAACAUCGUGGUGAAGUCUGACUGCUCGCUCAAGAUCCUGGACUUUGGGCUGGCGCGCACGGCCGCCACCAGCUUCAUGAUGACCCCGUAUGUGGUGACGCGGUACUACCGCGCGCCAGAGGUCAUCCUGGGCAUGGGCUACACCGAGAACGUGGACAUCUGGUCAGUGGGGUGCAUCAUGGGAGAGAUGGUGCGCCACAAGAUCCUCUUCCCCGGCCGUGACUACAUCGACCAGUGGAACAAGGUGAUCGAGCAGCUGGGCACGCCCGUGUCCGAGUUCAUGAAGCGCCUGCAGCCCACGGUGCGAAACUACGUGGAGACGAGGCCGCGCUACCCGGGGUACAGCUUCGAGAAGCUCUUCCCUGACGCACUCUUCCCCGCCGACUCGGAGCACAGCAAGCUCAAAGCGAGCCAGGCGCGCGACCUGCUGUCCCGCAUGCUCGUCAUCGACCCCCUGAAGCGGAUCACGGUGGACGAGGCCCUGCAGCACCCCUAUAUCCACGUGUGGUACGACCCGGCCGAGGUGAACGGGCCGUCGCCACAGAUCAGCGACCGCCGCCUGGACGAGCGCGAGCACACCGUGGACGAGUGGAAAGAGCUCAUCUACAAGGAGGUGCUGGACUGGGAGGACCGCGGCAAGAACGGCGUCGUCAAGAGGCAGCCGCUGGCCUCAGGUGCAGCAGUGACGCCGACCGCCCCGCAGGCCCAGCCCACCGUGGCUCUCUCGGCCCCGGCGGGGCCUCACCUCCUGCCCGAGCCCGACCCCAAGACCGACAGCAGCUUCAAGAUGCUGGCAGGGCCGCUGGCCUGCUGCAGGUGACGCUGCCGCCGUCGCCGCCGCCGCCGAUGCCGCGACCGGUCGGCGGUGGUGGCGCGCGGCGGCUGGUGACGGUCAGAGCGGCACGGCCAUUGCGGGCACGGAAACCUUCGCCUGGCGGUGACGGUGCCUCGGUGGGCCCCGCCGGCAGUGGCCAAACGCGGGCGUCCCGAGUGUCCGGACGCCUGGUCCUAUCUCCAUUCUCCUUCUGUCUGUGUGUACGUCCGUUCUGUCUCUGUGGCUGUUGUGUCCUGUGUUUGUCUGUUGGUUGGUCCGUGUAACUGUUUGUUGAUUUGUUUCUAUGUCAGUCUGUUGUUUCUUCUGUUGCUGUGUUUUUCGGUCUGUGUGUAUGUAUGUACGUUCGUCUGUCUGUCAAUCAGUCAGUCAGUGUAAUGCGUGUGAGAACGCGCCCAUAGAGAGAUACCCGGUGGCCUGCUAGGGGCUCGACAUUUUACAACUUCGGAAACAAAAACGUUCAAAUUUGUCACUUAAGUUGUUUUGAUUUCCUAAACAUUUACUUUAUUUUUUCUGUUUAAUGCAUUGGAACUUUUUUGUUUGUUAACGAUGACAUUUCAAGGAAGAAAAAAAUGGUGUCACUUCUACAAA